CACCUUGCACUUCCUAGAAGUCACGUGAUUUUCCAAAAUGGCAGUCUUGAGGUGGAUAUACAGAAGGAGAAAAGUGUUCUUCUUCAUUUUUUGUGCAUCUUCAUUUUGGAUUGCAUAUUUGUACUUGUCGCUUCCAUCACCAAAAGAUAAACGUGCCAAGGAUUAUAUCAACUACGGCCCAGUUGGAAGCGUUGUCUCUUACCAGAAGGUCAAGGCCGCUGAACCACCACCCAUCAGGGUUUAUACUCCUGCCAGACAUGAAGUCAUUCAAAAACCAAAUCUGGUUUUGGAUCCGCCGCCACAGCUUCCACGGAAUCAGAGUGAUAUUAUUAAUAGAACAGCUCUUUUUACCCAACUUGUGAAUAAAGAAAAUGUAACGUUAAAAAAAGAUGGCAUGUUCAAAGACUGGAUGAACAUUGGUAAUGUUGGGGCUCACAUCAAGAACAAGACUUAUGAAAUGGGCGCCCGAUUUAAAAAUAAGACAUACGAAGUCGCGGAGUCAGUGAAGAAUAAGACUUUACAACACUUGGCAGUUUUUGGCAUGGGUAAGGAUCAUAAUCUUGUGAGAUAUAUAUUCGAACCCCAUCGCUGGAACCUGACUGUGUCUUUCGAAGACAUUGGAAAUAUCAUGAAAGAUACAGAGUUCUUGAACAAGCUCCAUCCUUUGGACUUGUCAGCGCCAGUUUUGUCAAGUUCCAAGAACAGGACUGCCAACUAUACAUAUAACAUGCCAUUUCAUGUAGGCUUCUGUGACUGUUACGAACACCAUUGUGUUUGUUGUGCCAGGAUAGCCAAUAAGAGACUUCAUCUCAACUCAACAACGUGUACUAACUUCACAUUUGUUUCUAAAUCACAGGAAAUAGUCUUGGAAGUUUUAUUGGACUCGAAGCCGAUCUACAAAAAUGUUGUGUCAGCUGAGUUACCUCCCCUUGUGUGCUUGGGGACGUAUCCAAAGGUUGUAGACAUCUGCAUCCACUUCUUCAACCUGACGUUCAAAGUGAACUUCCAUCAUGAACAUAAGACGCAGCUACUGGGCUGCACGGACUUCAGCCUCAAUCUUUAUAACAAGACGAUCGGAUCUUUCCCGGUCGACUGUUUCCAGAUUCCUGGAGAUCCCAACCACAAACACAAGGACAGCUUGAAUCUCUUUAACUUCCCCAACUGGAUGCCAUAGUUACCAUCGUUACCAUCGUUACCAUAGUUACUUGGUACAUUUGUAGAUUAUAUCAUAUGGUUAAAGCAAGGAGUUCAAUAACCUGCAUAGGAAACACUACAGUUUUCCUGAACGUAUUGUAAUCCGAACCCCAUGUUAUCAGUAUCCCGCUAGAUUGAUGCCAAUGACAGGUGCCAAACUUACGGCGCAUGUACAAUAGAGCUUACCUUUAACUUCCCUGGUGACCAAAACAUCCGGCCUCUAAUUAAUUCGGUAAUUAAAUUACAUUAUAUGAAUUAUGAACAUGAAUAAUGUUUGUGAAAAAAUAAUAUACUCUGAGUCAUCAUUUUUCCCCUACUCCUACUUGUGUCCAAAUUAUUAACUCGGAUAAAAUGCACCAUAUUUUUGUUUACUUCUUCUUUUCUAGUUUGUACAGUCUGGGGGAUGCAAGUUUUGGAGAAAAAUAAGAAUUUUGGGGGUAUUAUGGGCAGUUACGAGAAAAUACACAAGGUAAUCUUAAUCCCUGGAUAUAAAACAAUGCCUAUCAGAACAAAAAAUACAAUUUAAACAGUAAAUCAACAUGUCUGGUGAUUUUUUAUCUCAAAUUUCGAAUUUGUACUGACCAAGUUUCUCAUCACCCGUUCGUUUGCCGGACUUCGCUAAAGGGGUACGCUUGGUAUUCAGUUUUUUUCCCUUCAAAAUAGUGAAUCAGCUAGAGGGGGGUGCGCAUUAUACAUGGGUACGCACUAUACUCAAGAAAAUACAAUAAAAACUACAUCAUAUCCCUUCGGGUAGACGAACACGUGAUAACAAACUUGAAAUUUGUGAUAAAACAUCACAACACAUGAUUAUUUACCAUUUAUAUUGUAUUUCCUGUUCUGCUGGGCAGUGCAGUGUUUUAUAUGCAGUGGUUAAAAUUAAUGUGUGUAUCUUCUUGUAAUCAAAGCCAGAAAUAGCAGUCAGCUGUAUUCACUUUUUCUCCCCCAUCUCCCGUUGAUUCAGAUAAAAUGGGAAUGUACCUGCAGAGUUGGAUGAACAUUCUGCAGUAGUGUGGCGGAGUUGACCAGAGGCUUUCAGUGGCGUUUCCUGUCCAGGUUAUUUAGUCGAUGGUUAAAGGUAGCCAUUGCGAGGUUCUUCCAAGUGCUGGUGGGUGCAUGGGUGGCCCAGUUGUCUAAGGCACCGCGUUUCGCUGUGCAGAGUUGUGUCCCUUAGGCAUGCCAGAAACCUAUGAUUGUGGGUUC